AUGGCGGUGCCAGAAGAUCUCCCUCGGUUCCCAUGCUGGUGCAAGGCAACGUAUUCAUGGGGCGGCGAGACGAAGAAGGAUCUCGGCUUCAUCGAGGGCGACCUGAUAGAAGCUCUGAAUGCUGGCGAUGGGUCCUGGUGGAUGGGACGUUUACGGCGCGACCCCAGAGCCGUUGGCCUGUUUCCGUCCAACUUCGUGCAGGUGUUGGAGGAGUCCUUUCAGCCUGCGCCAAACAGUCGCAAUGUCACGCCGCUGAGGCAGCCAAAACACUCGGCCGCUGCCAGAAACAAGUCACUGUUCAGGAAACCCUACCAGGCCUACGAAGAGUUCGAUGCGCGCAACAGCUUGGACGGCGGAAAGUCCAAGGAGGGCACACCAGAGAGCGACAUGGAGAAGGCGAAGAGAGAGAAGAGCAAGUUCCGCCCAUACAGUAGCAUGAAGACUGCCCAAGCACCUACGGGCACAGUCAGGAAGCAAGGCGGGAAGAUUGUUAUACCUGAAGACACAGCGCCGCGGAUACCUGCUCCACCACCUCGAGGAGGAGAAGCGCGUCGCUCUCGCAGUCCACGACCGCCGACAGCACCCUCUGCAUCACCAACACCACAACCUCAAUAUCAACCAUAUCGUCCGCCGUCCCCGCAGCCUGUCUAUCGCUCAAGAUCACCUGCACCGCCUCGAGCACAUUCGCCUUUGCCAGCUUCAUAUCACGAUGGAUCAGCCUAUCCACAGAUGCUACCUGCGAUCUCGCGGCAGCCAUCACCUAUACCUUAUGAACAGCCUCUUUACUACUCAAGAGCGCCUUCACGGGCAGACUUUGAAGAUGAAGAAGAAGAUCUCGGGUCAUCACCUCCGCCACCUCCACCUCCAGCGCAUAGAGUUGCCUAUCAGCCAAGUCGAGCGCCGUCCCUGGAAAUGGACCAGAAUAUGGACCCUGGAUACGACAGGAAUGGAACACAGACACCGAUACCACCGUCGCCCGGUGGCAGCCACAUGACGCCAUCUCCACUGCGCGCCGCAAUGAACGAUGUGAUGUCGUCGCUGCAAGAUAUGAGUGUCUUUCAGCCAUCUUCACCUGUUAGAGCUGACACGCCUCCGAAGGUGUGGUCACCAGAUACGUUCGAAGAUGUGCGGAGCCAGACACGUGCACAAUCAUCAAUGGGAUUUGCCUUGCAAGAUCGUGCGCAGUCUUCGAUGGGAUUCGCCAUGCCUGAUCAAGCACAAGCAUACGGUGGUGCAAGAAGUAAGACUCCAUCACUGCCUUCGUCGAGAGAUGGGCCAACAUCAAUUGAGAGCUAUGUGCGACGUAUGGAGCAUCAACUGAAGCAAGCACCAUCCUUCUCAUCAGAUCACCCGCCAAUGCCACCGCUCAAAGGUGCGCAGUAUGCAGCUUCACGACCGACGACAUCCAGUAGCAGUGGCAGCAACAGCUCCGCUGGACGUCAGACGGGUGUCCAUCAGCAGCUGCCACAACUCCGGCAUCAAAAGUCAGCAUUCGAACUCGGUCGCAAGAAUUUAGACCGCACAUACACUACCAAAACGAACGCUACAAACUCGACCGAGAACUCGUCAGCGACACAGAGUAGCAACAGCACUCAGAUGACGAGCCGCAGCAUCAUGUCUGGGUAUUCUGCUGGUGGGUUUAGUGCGACUAGUGCUGGCAGUCUUGCGCGCCGCAAGUUUGGUUUCGGAAGUCAGCGCGAACGCAGGGAGAUGGGCAUCACCAAGUCCACUGGCGACAUGAACUCGAGCGCACGAAGCAUGGUCGCAAGUGAUAGCUCCGGUUCUGGCCCAAGCUACCAUGAAAGUCAUGCUUCUCAGCAUCAACCUCUUGUUACACCGAUCGCCGACUGGGCUAAGGACCCUAUGGAAAGUGCAGGUGUGCUUGGAGGGCUGAGCUCGCCACAGGGAGGAAAGCGUAGUGGCUUCUUCAAGCGGAUGAUCGAGACAGCCAAAACGACGGCCAAGACUGGAGCUGCCAACGCUAGAUCAACCAUUGGCAAUAGCACAAGUAGACCAGGAAGUCGUGCCGGCAGCCGAGCUGGAAGUCCGACAAAGAUGCUUGGUAUGGGACCGACCUCCAUAUCCGGCGACGGCAAUGCCCGACCGCGGACGGUACCAGGUCCAGCAGCUCGGGACAUGGGUCUUGGCGGCGGUAGCGACUGGAUGCAAGUCCGGCGUGAUAUCAACCGAUCGAACUCAUUGAGCCAGCGAGAGCGUGCCGAGCGUGCUGAACGUUGCGAGAUGCACGACCUGCCUGCACUGCGGCCGAUUGACGAGUUGAUGGAGAUAGUCGAGGGUGACGAGAGCUUGGAUGGCUUGCCUAUCACUGAACCCACCGACUUCGACCUCCCCAACCUCGCACUCGUGGACAAGAGCACAAGAUUCAUACAGAACGUUCCCCCAAUGGUCAGCGCUUCAUCUCUUGCGCAAAGCUAUGUGUGCCGGCCACACAGAAGCGACGUGCAACGACUGCGAGCCAUCUUCACAUGGGUCGCAGAACGCAUUACCUGGGAAGAGGACUUUGAGGGCCAGCUCGACACUAGGAGAGUCAUUCAGACAAAGCGUGGCUGCAGCGAAGAAAUUGCAUUACUAGUACGGGAUAUGUGCAUCGCCGUUGGUCUGCAUGCAGAGAUCGUCCGCGGCUACCUCAAAGGCCCUGGCGAGAUCAUCGAUGCCGACACACUGGCCCGUCCCAACCAUUGGUGGAAUACCGUGAUCGUGGAUGGCGAGUGGCGCAUCGUCGAUUGUGCUUUGGCUAGUCCGACACAUCCUCGUCGAGGUGCCUACAGCUACGCCAGCAGCCAGGUCGCUGAGCCGUGGUACUUCUUGACCAGGCCUAUGGAGAUCUGCUAUACGCACAUCCCGUUACUUACAGAGCACCAGCAUAUGGUGCCGCCGGUCGAGCACGAGAUCCUGGCUGCUCUUCCAUGCGCUUGUCCAGCAUACUUCAGGAAUGCGGUCGAGCUUGCCGAGUUUGACACGAGUAUGUUGCACCUGGAGAAUCUCGAGAUGACACACAUCCAUGUCAAUGUGCCCGAGGAUGUCGAGUGCAUCGCAGAAACUGAAGCAAGAUCCUUUGCUCAAGAUGCCGAUGGUGACUACUUCGAAAGUGGCGACGUUGUCACCAAGAAAGCCUUUGCGCAGGCCGAAUGGGUCGCUGGUCGUAAGCGCUUCACUGUCAAGGCUCUUCUGCCUGGGGACGAAGGACUCGGAGUUCUCAAGAUCUAUGCCGGCAAACGCGGUCUGAUGCAUUCCAUCAAGGACAACCCUCACUCGAUGGCGCUUGCUCUGCCGCUGUCCCAUCAUGGCCAGAACCCGCCGUACGACUUCGUCACCAGACAUCCUACGCCACACGCUCAGCGGCAUGAUCUAUACAUCGCCCAACCGCAAUGUGCUCGCUUGACGAUGAACAAUACCUUUGUGUUCUGCAUCCGGCAGCAUCCUUCUUCUCUGUCCCGCUUUACGCCAGAUACAUGGGGUGCCAGCACCAGUAACAACGGACGUCCACAAAGUCCCAACCCGCUCAUCCGCCCGACCAGCGCAAUGAGCAUGAUAUCAGUCAGUGCUUCCACAUCCGGCAGUCAGUACAGCGAGAGCUCCUCAUUUUCUGGCAAUGGAAUGACUCCCGCGCAGCAAAAGCCGGCUAAGCUCGCGAUCCAGUCUCCCAGCCAGAAGAUCAUUCGCUUAACCAGGAAGCAGGAACAUACUAGUCGUAAUGUUGAAGAGGAUAUGGGUCUUACUUCUACUUGGCAGACUGUAAUCAAGAUUGGAGAGAGGGGACUUUGGAGAGGUCUUGUACUUGCUGAUCGCAGUGCGAGGUGGUGCGUGUUCGCUGAGUGGGAGUGUGUGUAA